AUGAAGUCGUCAUUGGCAGCACCUAUGCUCGCCCAUGCACGGCUCCGUGUAGCAGAAUGGGUUUCUGGGCCAGCAAACGUCGUCUGGGUUCUCCUGGCUCAGGCCUCUAGCCAAUGUCAUAAGCCGCUCGACUUGUCCUCUGGAGAACUCGAACGUGGCAUGUGGGUGCUGCUCCUUGCCGCCUUUGCAUACGCUGAUGACAUGGGCAGACCCGCAUUGUGUCUGGAGGAACUUCCAACGCGGACCCAGCUGCUGGCACGCGGAAGAGGUAGGCUCAUGGUGAGCGCUGAGCAAUCCCCUAGAACACCGCCGUUGGGCAAUGGCAAGCGAUACAGGGAUACGCAGUUCAACGGGACCCCGAGGAGUGACAGCAGCGGGCUCGGCCCAAAUUCCGGCGCAGUUUCAUCUCCGGAGACGCACUAAGGAGCGUGGGCCCGGAACGGAGGAGGGGGCUAGUAUUGCCACGGAGACUCCGCCGCUCUUCGGAGCGGUCAAGUGGGUAGCAAGCGAAGGAAUCCAGCGUUUUGGAGCAGUUAACGUACCUGCUCAUCCAAGAUGAUACUGCAGAUAUAGAUGGGUGGGGUGGCCAAUCUAACAACCAUUGCAACAUGAU